ACCGCCAUCUUUGUUCUUCUCCCUUCGAGGUUCGGGCUGAGAGAUAAAAAAUAGUUGUUUUUUUCGAAAAUUGUGCUACUUUUCAAAGUUAUUUUAAUAAAUAACUUCUCGCCAUGGGCGAUAAUAAAUCUUUUUUGCAUGAAUGGUGCGGUAAAUCCAACAAGGAACCGCAAUUUGAAGUUCGUCCUACAGGACCAAAGCAUCGACAACGAUUUCUAUGCGAAUUGCGAGUCGUUGGAUUUGAUUACGUCGGCGUUGGAAAUUCAACAAACAAGAAAGAUGCGCAGGGAAAUGCUUCUCGUGAUUUCAUAAAUUAUCUAGUGCGACUUGGACACAUUAAUGCCCAGGAUGUUCCCGCUGAUUUUGGUUUACCGGCACCGACAGGAGCUGUUGAAGUUGCAAAUUCAGGAGCAAUUGCUCCAAGUCGACCCGUUUUUCAAGAUGGCAUGGGUCCUAAUGAUAUCGGUCAGGCCUAUCGUCCUUAUCGUGAAGGUGGACAGGGAAAUUACACGUACAUGGACCGAUUGGCCGAUCAGAAGAGAGUUGAGGAAGCCGAGGAUCUUGAUAUUAAUGCCGGCAUUCAUGGAAAUUGGACAAUUGAGAAUGCAAAAUCGAAACUCCAUCAAUUUAUGCAGGUCAAUAAAAUUAAUGCCGAUUACAAAUACACACCAGUCGGACCCGAUCACACCAGGAGCUUCAAGGCUGAAAUGAGUUUCUAUGUGAAGAAAUUAGGAAGAAAUGUUGUUGCUCGAGAAACUGCAUCCAAUAAGCAGACAGCGUCAAAAAGCUGUGCCUUGUCGCUCGUACGACAACUCUAUCAUCUUGGUGUAAUCGAAAGUUUCUCCGGAUCAUUGAAGAAGAACAAGGAAGCUGAUCAAAUGAAACCUUAUCCGGUGAAAAUUAGUCCUGAACUUGAACAAGAAAUAUUCCAAGUUUUAGAGGGUUUGGAGGUUCAACCUGUCGAUGUUACUCAAGCACCUGCUCAAAAAACUGAAUCUGGAGAAGGUGAUAAACAAUCAACGGGAAUAUCCCUUGUGACUGACAAGGUAUUGGACGAUUUUAUUUCGAGUGUUCCGCAACCAGCCGGCGUUGUGAGUUGGUCGCCACCGCAACAAAAUUGGAAUCCAUGGACUGGUUGUAAUAUCGACGAGGGACCAUUGGCGACAAUGCCACUUGACAAAUUAUCCGACGACGUGAUGCAAGACGAGAAACUGCGACACCAACAGGACGUUGAUUUGCAAAGGAGUUGCAAGGACAGAUGUUCACUGCCAGUUUAUGCAAAACGAAGUGAAAUUAUGACAGCCAUCAAUGAUAAUCCCGUGAUUAUAAUUCGUGGUAACACUGGUUGUGGUAAAACGACACAGGUCUGUCAAUUUAUUCUCGACGAUUACAUUCAGUCCGGACAGGGAGCUUAUUGUUCGAUUGCCGUCACACAACCAAGAAGAAUAUCAGCCGUAUCGGUUGCUGAUCGUGUGGCCGUUGAACGUUGCGAGAGUCUCGGACAAUCUGUUGGUUAUUCGGUGAGAUUCGAGUCGAUACUGCCAAGACCUUAUGGAAGUAUAAUGUUCUGUACCGUUGGGGUUUUAUUGAGAAAACUCGAGGGCGGCCUACGUGGCGUCUCGCACGUAAUUGUUGACGAAAUUCACGAACGUGAUGUUAAUUCCGACUUCAUAAUGGUCGUUCUCCGUGAUAUGGUUCACAUGUAUCCGGACCUGAGGAUUAUUCUCAUGUCGGCCACGAUCGACACAACACUCUUCAGUCAGUAUUUCAACAAUUGUCCAGUUAUUGAAAUUCCAGGACGAGCUUAUCCAGUGCAAGAGUACUUUAUGGAAGACUGCGUUCAUUUGACGAAAUUCGUGCCACCGAUGGAAUCGAGAAAGCGCAAGAGUCGUGACGCCGAUGACGCGCCAACUGACGGCGAACCAGAGGAGAAUCUCAAUCAGGUGAUCAGCGAUGAGUAUAGUAAUCAUACGAAAAAUUCAAUGGCACAAAUGACUGAAAAGGAAAUAAGUUUCGAAUUAAUUGAGGCGAUUUUGAAAUACAUUCGUGAUCAGAAUGUACCCGGUGCUGUGUUGAUCUUCCUGCCAGGGUGGAAUCUUAUAUUUGCGCUCAUGAAGCAUUUACAGCAACAUCCACUUUUUGGUGGUUGUGCCUACUGUAUUAUUCCUUUGCAUUCGCAAUUGCCGCGGGAGGAUCAACGGAAGGUUUUCGAACCCGUACCACAGAGUGUGACGAAAAUUAUUCUCUCGACCAACAUCGCGGAAACUUCAAUUACUAUUAAUGAUGUUGUUUACGUGAUUGAUUCGUGCAAGGCGAAAAUGAAACUCUUCACGUCGCACAAUAAUAUGACAAAUUACGCUACAGUUUGGGCGAGUAAGACAAAUCUCGAGCAGCGUAAAGGUCGAGCUGGUCGUGUCAAACCUGGUUUCUGCUUUCAUCUUUGCUCGAAGGCACGAUUUGAAAAAUUGGACGAACACAUGACUCCGGAGAUGUUUAGAACUCCUUUACAUGAAUUGGCGUUGAGUAUCAAAUUGUUGAGAUUGGGAAGUAUUGGCCAAUUUCUGUCCAAGGCUAUCGAACCUCCUCCUAUUGAUGCUGUCAUCGAGGCUGAAGUCAUCCUCCGAGAAAUGAAGUGUCUAGACAAAAAUGACGAAUUGACGCCACUUGGAAAAAUAUUGGCGCGCUUGCCGAUUGAGCCCCGUUUGGGUAAGAUGAUGAUUCUGGGAUGUAUGUUCCGUGUUGGCGACGCUCUCUCAACGAUGGCUGCGAAUAGCACGACUUUCCCGGAAGUUUACAAUAUGGGUCCGGACACGAAACGUUUGUCAUAUCAACAAAAGGCAUUCGCUGGAGCUAGAUACAGUGAUCACGUUGCCAUGUUGCACGCUUUCGAAACGUGGGAAGAGGUGAGAGACGGUGGAGAAUUUGCCGAGCAGACAUUUUGCGAAUCGAAGAAUUUGAGUCUCCCUACGUUGAGAGUCACAUGGGAAGCUAAAAAUCAAUUGCAAGCGCUUUUGACGAGUGCAGGAUUUCCCGAAGAGACACUCUGCCGAACUCCAUUAAAUUAUCAAGCUGGAGCCGACGUCCGAUUGGAUACGAUCACUGCAUUACUUUGCAUGGGACUUUAUCCAAAUGUUUGUUUCCAUAAGGAGAAGAGGAAAGUUUUAACCACCGAAUCCAAAGCCGCAUUAAUUCAUAAAACAUCAGUGAAUUGCAGUAAUUUCGAGCAGAAUUUCCCAUUCCCAUUCUUCGUUUUUGGAGAGAAGAUUCGAACACGAGCCGUGUCCUGUAAACAAAUGACAAUGGUUUCGCCAAUUCAUUUACUGUUGUUCGGCUCGAGGAAGGUCGAGUACAUCGAUGGGGUUGUCAGAUUGGACAACUGGAUUAAUUUGGAAAUGGAACCGAAAACGGCGGCUGCGAUUGUUGCACUACGACCUGCGCUCGAAAGUUUAGUGAUCAGAGCUGCGAAGGAUCCGGAAACUGUUCUUGAAUUGAGUCCCGUCGAGGAGAAGGUGUUCACGGUGAUUAAAAGUCUUUGUGGAAUGAAUGCCUGUCGUCAUGAAAUGGAAGCGAUUACCGGUGGUGGAUUCCAGUCGAGAAGACCACCAAAGGGACACAUCACAGGUUUUUCUGCUGGCGGUGGACCACCGGCGAAAAUGGCACGAAGUGACAAUUAUGAUAAUGACAGUAAUGGAAGUAGCGGUGGAGGACGAGGAGGAUACAGAGGAAAUCGAGGAUAUGGUGGAGGAAAUCGAGGCUUCGGAGGAGGAAGUCGUGGAUUCGGUGGAGGCCGAGGUUUCGGAGGUGGUAGUCGUGGCUUCGGCGGAGGCUGGGGCAGUAGAGGAAGAUCGAAUUUUUAGACUUGAAAUUGUAUUUGUAAUCGCAUUUUUAUACUCUUAACUAUUUAAUUAUAAAAGUCAGUUUAUACUUUAGUGUAAUCACUUUACACUUUAUUGCUCGCUUUAUUGUUAGUCACUUUACACAAUAGUGCAAUUCAUGAUUUCAAAUUUUGAAAUUAUUCACGAUUAUUUCAUUUGAAAUACGAUCUAGUAUGUUUUAUUAUUUACUUCUACGUUGCUAUUUGUAAAGUGUAAAGGUAAACUUGUAAUUAUCCGGUUCAUAGGUCUACAAAUCAAAAAAAUUGAUUUGAAUUUUAAAAUUAGAUUGAAUAACGUAAUUUUUGUUUUUUGUCAGCAAAAAUAAAAAUGAUUACAUUUGUUUCUUUAUUAAAUAAUAAACACUUAACUA